GCGGAAUGUGUGGCUGACAGGAGGCUGCAGGCGCCGCAAGCAAAGGGAGUGAAAAACAAACCCACCGAUAGUUCGCUGGAAUUCCGCCGGUCGGUGUGUGGAUGCCUCCGGGUGAAUCCGAGCUAAAUUAAACUACAGUUUGAGCUUUUUUACAAAACGCUGGACAUCAGAAAAUCAGAAACAAAACCACCAGGUGAAUAAAUAUCCUCCCACCAACGGUAGCCGGUGUUAUUCACAGCGGGGUUAUGUCACUCCGUGUUAUUUUAUGGUUGUCCAGUCCACACGAAAACACGUGCAUUGUGUUUCUAAUCUAAUCUGUCCUGGAUUAUUUUCGAGCUAUCCCGGGUUAUCCCGGGUUUAGAUGCUGCAGCAGGGGGGCUAGGGUUUCUGAUAGCGUGGGUUUCAAAAGGCAGGCUUUUUAACAUUUUAUCGGCUCCGUUUUCACCACCUGUAGGCGAAAUUUCGGUCGUUGGGGUUGACGUUUGAGCUAACGAGGCUAACGCUGCCACGACAAUGGACGAGUCCGGCAUCAAGAAGCAGAACUGGGACGUGAAGGAGACGGAGUUGUUUCUGGAAAUCCUCAAGGAGCUGGACAUGAAGAAGUGCUUGGACGGGAGGAAAGUGAGGAACAACAAACUGUUCAAGGUGGCCCACCGGAGGAUGACAGCGGCCGGUUACCACAGGUCCGUGGACCAGUUAAAGUUCCGCUGGAAACUUCUCAAAAGUGCGUAUUACAAGUGCAAGAGAGAGCCCGAGUCCCCGGCCCCCACCAAGAUCCAGGGCUGGUGGCGGUACGAGAAGACUAUGGUCGCUAUCAUGGAGUCCAGACACCCGCUGGUCGGAGCUGGGGUCAACUCUGACAGGAACGAUGAAGUGACUGAAGACUCGGAUGGAGAAGCAUCCAUGCUGCACUGGCCGCAGCCCUGCCCGGACAAUUCCUCUCAGAACCUGGAUUUAAUUAUCAAAAUGGACCCUGAGAUGGACUCACAGCUGAAGAUUGGUUUUAUUGGUGCGGGGAACAUGGCCUUCGGCAUCGCAAAGGGCAUCUUGACGGGAAAUGUUCUUCCUGUAAACGUCAAAGUGAGCGCUCCAUCCUCCAGGAACCUGGGACGCUUUCAGGAGCUCGGGAUUCCCAUCACUCAUUCCAACAUAGAGGUGGUCUGUGGGUCGGAUGUGGUUUUUGUAGCCGUCAAACCUCACCUGGUUCCACUCGUUCUCAAUGAGGUCUCACAACACGUCACUGACCGACACAUAAUUGUGUCUGUUGCAGCAGGAGUAACGCUGUCAACACUGGAAGAGCUCUUGCCGGAGAAUUCAGUUGCCAUCAGGCUGAUGCCAAAUCUCCCAUGUUUGGUUCAAGAAGGGGCUCUCCUGUUUGCGCGCGGGUCCCAUGCAAAACAGGAGGAUGGAGCUCUGCUUCGCUCCUUGUUGCACCGCUGUGGUUUGGUGGAGGAGGGACCUGAGUCCUGGAUCGACAUUCACACUGGACUGAGCGGGAGUGGAGUCGCUUUUGUGUAUCUGUUUGCUGAAGCGCUGGCAGAAGGAGCUGUUAAAAUGGGAAUGCCAAGUGCUCUGGCACACAGCAUCGCAUCUCAAACUGUUCUGGGCGCCGGCAGAUUAUUACGUGACUCUGGGAAGCAUCCGGCUCAGCUCCGCUCUGAGGUCUGCACCCCAGGUGGAACUACCAUCUACGGGCUUCACACCCUGGAGCAGGGCGGUGUGAGGGCGUCGACCAUGAGCGCCGUGGAAUCUGCCACCGAGAGAGCCAGGGAGCUCGGCCGGAAGUCAGCAUGCAGGAAAUGACGGCCGCUGUUUGCCUUUAUAUACCCGCUCAGUGGACCUUAUUCAAGCCUAACAAUAAACUGACUUUUUGGCUCAACCAAUCACAAUGGAACACAAAGACAAAGACUUGUCCAUUUUUUAUUUUAUUUCAUUUUCUCCCUUUUAUUUUUCCCUUUUUAAGUGCAGUUCAUACUCAUUCAUACUCUUUUUCAUGUCUUUGACCGGAGGGAUUAGUUGUGAGCAAAAAGGAAAUAUUGUCUUAAUCUUGACAUUGACGAGUAAAUUAUUCGAUCAUGA